GCAGGUGGAGUCUUUGUAUCCCUAAUCCUGCGAAUCUGGCCGGCCCAUGCUCGCCGGUCCGUCCACUCCCAUCGGAAUCAUGCAUACAAGUCGCCGACUCUAGAAACUCCGGCACUAAUUCCGGCAAGUCUUCUGCCACUGUGUAUACUAAUUACUAAGUACAUAAAGAGAGGCCGGCACGCAGAAGAAACUAACAAGAGCGUGCGCACGCAGCAAGGACCUGUAGGGAGCCUGCUGCCUGCAGUGACCAUGUCGGGCACAUCGCCGGCGGCGGCGGUGGCCGUGCUAUGCUGCUUUGUGAUGAUGUGCGGCACGCCGUUCCUGCCGGGGUGCGAGGGGUGCAGGCACGACGAGAAGUCAGCGCUUUUGGACAUCCUCGACCAGUUCGACUACUAUGAUUCGCUGGACUGGAGCAGUAGAGAUUGCUGCGAGUGGGACGCGGUGACCUGCAGCUCCCGCACAGGCCGUGUCACCGGCCUCGACCUCAGUAUACUUGAGAGUAUUGGCUCCGGCUCGGGGCUACUCAACGCUACCACGUUCCUUCCCUUACAAGAGCUGCGGAAUCUGUCCCUCAAUUACCUCUAUAUACAAGGAUGCUAUCCUGGUGCAGGCUUUGAAGUAUGGUCAAAACUGCGCAAAUUAGAAAUUCUUGAUUUAUCCAAUAAUAAAUUAGAUGAGAGUAGCAUCACAUCCUUAGUUGCAGUUUCAUCGCUACGGUCAUUAUUGCUCCAUGGCAAUGCCUUCAGCUCCAAUCUGACAAUACAAGGACUGAGCACAAUGAAGCUGCAUACUCUUGAUCUAGGCAAUAAUUAUAUACACGGCAAGUUAGCAACAGAUAUUUGCAAUAUGGGAGAUCUUCAAGAGUUACAUCUCAGUGGCAAUAUUUUACUUGGAGAGCUUCCGUCAUGCAUGAAAAAUCUAGCUUCUCUCAGAAUUCUUGAUCUGUCACAUAACACUGGAUUGAUUCUGAAGUUUCCCUCUCCUAUCUUUCCAAGUCUCACAUCACUCGUGAAACUUUCCCUCUUAAAUAACUGUCUUGAAGGAGUUCUCUCCCUGAGUUCCUUGCUAAGUCCACAAUUGACUCACCUUGAACUAGCAAGCAACGGCAACGGUAACCAUUUUCAGGUGCAAACAGAGAAUCCAGCAACACAUCCAUCAGCUCAGCUUAAGGUUCUAGUACUUCGAAAUUGCAACCUUAAUGGUAAUUCAUCCGUUAUACCAAGUUUCUUGUUGCAUCAGCAUGCACUAGAGACGGUUGAUAUGCCUAAUAACAACCUAACAGGUUACUUCCCCUUGUGGUUGAUAGAUAAUAAUGUCAACCUAUCAACGCUAGUUCUGCGAGGUAACUCCUUUACAGGUCCUUUUCUUCCAUCCAAAGUACACACCAACUUGCAUUGGAUGGAUGCAUCCCAUAAUAGGCUAAGGAAAUUACCUGUGGACAUCAACACCACAUUACCAAAUUUGAGGUACCUAACCUUAUCAGGGAAUUAUUUUAGGGCCACCUUUCCUUCCACCUUGAGCUACAUGGAUAAUCUGCAAUAUUUGGAUUUGUCUUACAACAAUUUCUCAGAUAACAUUGCGUCGGCUUUUGUUGGAAGUAUGUCAAAUAUCACUGUCUUGAAACUGUCGGGAAAUCAUUUCUACGGUGCAUUCCCUCAAGACAUUCAAUUACCUUCCAUUUUACAUCUAUUAAUGGAUGAAAAUGAAAUCAAAGGAGAACUUCCCCAGAAGAUAUGUGACAGUAUGAAGCUUAUGACGUUUGAUGCUAGCAAUAAUGAGUUGACCGGCCAUCUCCCUACUUGCAUUUACCAACUCUCGGCACUUGCCAUCUUGAAAUUAAAAGGGAACUCGUUGACUGGAUCGAUUCCAUCAGGAUUAUGCGGCCUCCGCAAACUGGUAUUUCUAGAUAUUUCAAGCAAUAACCUUUCUGGUCCAGUGCAUUGCUUACCGAAUUUGUACCAUGUUCAUAUGAGUGAAAAUAGAUUAAAUGGAACCUUUCCUAUUCCAUUGUCUGUGGGAACUAAUAUAUAUACAGUGGAUCUCAGAGACAACCAAUUCAGUGGUAUCCUUCCAGAGCUGAUAGGCAAGUCCUUUCCAAAUCUAAAAGUACUGCUACUAAAAGGUAACAUGUUCAACGGGAUAGUUCCAAAUGAUGUAUGUAACUUAAGGUAUUUGCGUCUACUAGAUCUGUCUCAUAAUAAGCUAUCCGGGCAGCUACCUUUAUGUUUGUACAUUAUGGGACUGGAUGAUGGUUUAUUUAACUUCGAACCUGGUUUUGGAACUUUUCCUGAAUUAUUCGAAGUCACGGGGCUGCCAGAUCAAGAGGGAUUCAUGACUAAGGGCAGACAAGACAAUUACAGGGGAAACAUGCUCAACUACAUGACUGGACUUGAUUUCUCUUCGAACCAGUUGAAAGGAUCCAUUCAUGAAAGUAUAGGUGACAUGAAAUGGUUAAGAGCAUUGAAUUUCUCAGAAAAUAACUUUGAUGGAUCAAUACCACAGUCCUUAUCAAAUUUAAGUGAUCUGGAGAGCUUGGAUCUCUCGCACAACAAGUUGGCAGGCCAAAUACCUUCAGAGCUAGCAGCAUUACCGUCCCUUGAAGUGUUCUCAGUGGCAUACAACAACCUGUCUGGUCCUACACCGGGAACAAAGGGGCAGUUCAUCACAUUUGAUCAGAGCAGCUACGAAGGCAAUCCGUAUCUCUGCGGCCCACCGUUUCUAAAGAGUUGCUCAGUUCCUGAGCUUGAAGAACAUGGAGAAGAAGACGAUGAUAAAGUUGGUGAUAUCAUAUUGUUUGGUUGUUCAGCUAUGUUCUACAUGGCUGGUUUCUGGACGUCCUUGGGUGUGCUUUACUUCAAGGCAAGCUGGCGAUGGUCAUGGUUCUCUGCGGUGGACAUGUUCAGCGAUUUUGUAAUGGUCAAGUUGGCUAUAUACACAAGAAAGAUCCGUGGCGCCAGUUGAUCUUUCCGGAGGGCUGAAUAAUUCAUCAAGCGGUUACCUUUUGGUGAUACUAGUAGAAUAUUUAAGAAGUUGUGUAAUUUGUUUUAAAAUAUUGUCGAUUGAUAAGUUGUGUAAUAAGGCUGUGACGUUCUGUGGCCAUGUGUUAUAUUUUGUUUGGUCUGUAGAUCUGAAGUUCUUUGGAACUGGUUAAUGUGAUAUCACUCUGAUUGAAACAGGGUAAUGCUUUUCCUAACAUUGGACUAGGUAAUGUUAAGUCACUUUGAUGAGCGCUCUUAUCUAGAUUGCCGCAUGUACUGUAAAAUACUCAGCUGAUAAAAGACAGUGAUUCAUAUUUAUUUGA